CGUUUAGACUUGUAGGAUAAUUGCCUGACAGUCAAAAGGGUUUCAGGACAAAAUUUGGUUUUGUGUCUCAUACACACGGAUGGAACUUCAAGACCAGUUAUGAUAUAUAUCUAGAAUUGGAGGAAUUCAACAACUCGGUUUCCGUUUAUAACCACAAUGAAGAAAUAAUUGUCAACUAUGCUAAGAUGACAGUUAAACUGGCCCAGAAACCAGUUCUUGUACAAAGAAACUGGAUCCCCAAGAGAAUGGAUUUCAGAAAUAAACUCCUUCUUUCUGCAUAUGACAUUAGUUUGAAGGUUGAUACGAGUAAGUGUCCCAUGUUACUUUUUUCUCUUAUACUAUGACUCGUUGCUGACUCCGCCUUUUUGUAGAAAUUGUAAGGAGCGAAUUACGAAAUCGCUAUAAAGAUUUAAUGGCAAAAUUUUGCAAUGAGGGCCAUGGCUGAGGCGCUGAAGACUGCCAAUCCACCACCACCCUUUCCGAAACCCCCAAUAGACUCGAUGACUGUUACAGAGGGUAUCAAGGAGGCCCAGAGUCAUAAGGAGGAUCGGGUUUUGCUUGAAAAGAGGAAAGAGAUUCCUCCUUCCUAUGAGCUUUCCAGCAGGGCUGAGCCUGCAAAGAAGAAAAGGAGAAAGGCCAAGUCUAAGGCCAAAACUCAAACAACAGCGCCAACACCGGACAAUCCGGUUAUUGUGGAAGAUGAAAUAGAGGAUUACACGUCGUCAAAAUCCAUAGAACAUGUUUUUGAAGCUGUCCUAAUUCAGACUAAAUUUCCGGGUUUUAAGAUUCGGGAGCCCGAGGUUGUUGUUCUGGGUCCCUCUACAAAUAAGCCUUCCUCAUCUGACAGGAAAGGGAAAAGGGUCCUCGAAUUUAUCUGAGAUUUUUGCUAGGGAAUCCGAGACAUUAAACGACGCAGCCUGGGAAGCUGAAGAACGAGAGCAAUGGGUCAAAAGGUUGAUCCUUAGUUGGAGGCGCGAGCAAUGAAAAUAGAUCUUGAGUCUUUAUCUUUAGAGGCCCCAAUUGUGCCUAAAGUCCCUGAG